CUUAGGGCUCAUCCACACACACACACACACACACGCACGCACACAGUUUAGUUGAGCCGCCCGGAUCCUUUGUGCUGUCGACGGUGAAUCGGUUGAAUCGCAGUUUUUUUUUUUUUUUUAUGGGCCGCGGUUAGACGCGUUUUUUUUCUUCUGUCAGCAUGGAGUCAAACGAGGCCGGCGAGGAGAGGACGGGCUCCAUGUCGGCGGCGCAGAGGAGAGCCGAGAUCCGGAGGAGAAAGCUGCUCCAGAAUUCAGAGGAGCGCAUGAACAGGAUCGUGGGCUACACCAAAACCGACGCAGAAAAUAACGGAGCCUCCCGCCGCAACACAGAACCCCGUUUCCACCUCGACCUCGACAGGACGGAGCCGUGGUCGUCGUCCGCGUCCUCCCCGCGGCCCUCCCCCUUCCUGCCGGAGGCCUCUGGGCUCGGCAGCCGCUCCCACAGCGCCACCCCGGAGAGGAGGGGCUCGCCCCUGCCGGACUGCAGCGAGCCCCACGGGGCGUCCCUGGAGGACGACCUCGGGGUAGGGCUCCGGCAGAGGCCCCGCGGGGAGCGGGCGCCGGACGACAUCGGCGGGUCCCCGCGCCGAGGCCUCCAGAAGUACCUGUCCCGCUUCGACGACGCCAUGAAGCUCCGGGGCCAGCUGGCCAGCGAGAAGCCGGCCGAGGACGGGGGCUCUGACGUGGAGGAGCUGGACCCCUUCAGGAUCUUCAGGCUCAUCGGCAGCGUCCUCCUCGCCGUUUUUGUCAGGGUUUUUGUCUGCAAAUAUCUGUCAAUAUUCGCUCCAUUUCUGACCCUCGAGCUCGCCUACAUGGGAUUGUCCAAAUACUUUCCAAAGGUAGAGAAGAAGACCAAGACCACUGUGCUAACGGCCGCCCUGCUGCUCUCCGGGAUCCCCGCCGAGGUCAUCAACCGCUCCAUGGACACCUACAGGAGGAUGGGCGACGUCUUCGCCGACCUCUGCCUCUACUUCUUCACCUUCAUCCUGUCGCACGAGAUCCUGCUGCUCGUUGGCUCAGAGACUCCCUGAGGGGGCGCGGCUCCUCCUCCUCCUCCUGCUUCUUCUCCUUCUUCUUCUUCUUCUUUAUGUCCCCUCCCCCUGUCUCCCAUAGCGACAAGGCAUGCUCUCUUGCGCCCUCCGGUGCGUGUUUGUUGUCUGGAAAACGAAUCCCCGCCGCCUUUUACGAUCGUGGUCGCGGACGAGUCGUCGUCGUCAAUGCAGCAGCUCAGGAUUCCCACUAAGCUUCACACGGUCCUGUGGUAGUUGCAGGCCUCUAGGUUGUCUUCGAAGGGAAGCAGGCAAACAGAAAGAUGGUUCAUGCUUACUUUUCUUGCGUGUGACGAAUGUGCAGGCAUUAAUCGCGCCCAGGUCAUCGUCGCUCUCGACGUAUUUAACACUGGAGUCUGUUCAGGGGCCGGGUGGCGUCUCUGAAACUGGCAUCUGACUUUGGUUCCUCCCGCAAAAUGGCUUCUUUUAAAUGACAUGAUUUUACAAAUGGAAGUAAAUCUUCCAGUGUCAUGACAUGUUUGAGACGUCUCAUGGGGGGGGGGGGGGAGAGCAGCAGUCUCGAAAGAUUUUGUUUUAAACAAACGUCCGUUAAGUCUCUGUCUUUGGCAGAAUGAAGGGACCGAGUGUCUGUGGAGACGCUUGUUAGUGAUGAGACACUGACGGUCUCGACUGUUUUUGUUCCACGUGAUGCCGCGUGUAGGCAACACUGACUACGUUUACUUGGUGAAUAUUACUUUAGACUGACUGAAAUCAUUUUUGAUAAGAGAUUCUAAUUUAACUGUUUACGUAAAACGUGUUAACGCGCCUUAAAACAUUUCGGCUUUAAAUUUAAAUCAAAUCGGACGGACGCUUCUCAAAAUAAGAUCGCCCCCCUUAACCCUAAUGACAACAUUGAUUUCUUUCAACAGAAGAAGAAGAAGACUAAAACACUUUCUCAGCACAUCUGACAUCGUUCAUCCUUUUAAAAGCUUCUCUAAAGGCCUCGUUGUGUUUCCAUAUUUCUGUUUGCUCAAACAUGAGCGGAAAUAAUGGAUUCACUUCACCCGGAGACGAAUAAUUAGAUCAAGUGUUUACAUGGCCGCUAGUCACUAAUACACCGAUCAGUUACGCAAAGCAGUCGUGACUCAUCAGAAAACGGACAUGGGCCUUCUGAGAUGAUGAGAAGAUGUUAUUAGUGGGGGCCUUUGGGUCCUAUGUGUUGAGGGGAGGGGCCUCUGUUCACCAUCCCACAGAUACUAGAUCAGUUUGGGAUCGAGUGGGAUUUUAAUGUUGUGGCUGAUCUGAGUGUUUUUCUGUUGGACAGAUGAGGAAUGUAAACUGCAUCACUCCUCUCAGACAUGUCUGAUCCAAUUUGAGGUUACAUGAGAUGUUUUCGUCCUGAUUAGUUUAUUUUUCUGGAAGAAAAUACAGCAACCGUCUGUUUUAACAACCCCUGCAAUUACCUCUUCUCGCCAGAGGGGUCGCCAGAUCGAACAAAACGGAGAUGUUUCGAUGUGGCUUCUUUAACUGAAAUACAGCGGUUCUGAGACAUUUCUGCUCCCCUGUAGCUAUACCCGAGGGGGAAUGUUAGCAAAAUAAAUAAAUAAAUAAAAAUAUUUAGCUUCUGUUACGCAUUUUUUUAAAUGUACAUUUUCAGAGUUUGUGUGGAAUCAAAAAUGUUACGUGUUGUGAAUCAGUUUGCAGACCAGCUCGAUAAUUCAUAUGGACAUAAGCGAUAUUAAUUCCUGAAAGAUAAAUGCAUUGAUGAGAGUAAUCGUCGCCCAGCCCAAAGUCAUAUUCUCAGCCGACGGGUAAAAAAAAAAAAAAAAGAAACGACAGAGCUCCUCCGCAGCCGUCUUAACUGCUGUUAAAACCAAAUCUGAAAAAUUAGACAGGCCUGGGCUGUGUUAAGCAGUGUUGUGACCGGUGGAUUCUCAGUUCAUGCCAUGAAAUUAAACUUUACAUUAGAACACUGAUGAUCAUUCAGGGUGAAACUUGCUCGUCAGAAAUCAUUUCAUUUAGAGUACCCUUCUUAAAAUGAGUUACUAAAUGGUUGGCUUAUGGUUGACGGUGCUUGACUACUUUAUGCAGCGCACAGAGUUGAAAGUGACAGAAACAGGUGGUUUUCCUUUCCUCCCAUCGCGCCGAUUGACUGCAACACAGGGACCUUGGCCGCCAUGCCACAAAUAGUCACCGUCAUUGAAAACACUCGGGAGCAUUUGGUUUCACGUUUCUGAUUUAAAUCCUUUUAUUAAUUACUUUGUGAGCGAUGAGAGAGAAGGAAAGUAACUAUGGGAGUGGUCGGCCACUGAUGGUCUAAUAGUAAAGGGGACAGUAUUGUGGUUAUGCUGGCUGCUAAAUAUGUACACACACAAAAAAAAAAAACUGUGACGAAGAGCUUUGAACACUGUCUCAACAUCUUCGACAAAAGGUUGCACAGACACCGCGUCCACAUCUGUGGACGAAUGACACAUUUACAUUGAUUGCCUCAAACCGAGCUUCUUCUUCUUCUUCUUUUUUGGGCUUCAGUAAACUGUGGUUUACAUACUCGGGCCUUCCAGCCUUCCGUUAAGAUUAUAAAGAUGAGAAACACUUUUUGAAGAUGCUGAUCGUUUGCUUCCUUCAGACGAACUUUCUAGAACAACAGUCGGGCUUGUUUUCGAAUCGUUUUGUGUUCUUGCAGCAGCAGCAGCAGCAGCGCUUUAAAGGGUCCACCUACAACACGAACAAACUUUUAAACCAGAAGGUGUGUUCAUUCUGCAAGCGCUUCAAAUGUCAGUGAGCUUCGUGCAUGAUGGGAAUGUUCUGGGUUUUCUCUGGAAAGCAGCGUUUUUUUUCGUGAGGCAGAUUGUGUGCGAGUUCGCUUGUGUAGAGUAAUUCUGGUGACGCUUUACUUCGUUCGAGCCUCAUUCCUUCCUACACACUUCUUGUAUUUCUUCUGCGGUUCAUAAUUUAAUUGUUAUCCAAAUUAAUUUAUUAAUGUGAAUGUCCUUUUUUUUUUUUGUUCUCAUGUACAUGAAUCGGUGUGAUUUAUCCCGAGACUUGUCUGACCUACUUGAUUGUUUUUGAUAAACAUACAUUUACAGGUAAAAAUGAAAAAACUGUUUUUAAUGGCUCUUACAGUAUCUUGUAUACGUGAACUUCAGUAACAAAUUAAGUGUUGACAUGAUGUCUGCUUCAAACUAAGAAUAAUCGGACAAUAUCAUACCAAAUAAAUACUACUUGUGUGACGUUAAAAA